AAGAGAGAGAGAGAUAGGAAGAGAAAUAGGGACAUAGAGUAAGAAACCUAGAAGAGGAGGGAGGGAGAGUGAGUAAUAGAAAAGGAGACGGAGUGAGGGAGAGAAAGAGCUAGAGAGACAGUGGGCUAAAGAGAAAGGGACACAGGCUUCAGCGUAGAGAGGGAAAAGAAAUAGGAAUAGAAGCAAAGGGAGAAAUUUGGAGCAAAAGGAAUACAGCUAGAGGGAUAGAGACAGAUAAGGCUUAGUUAUGAACAUAGAUUGGCAUUAAAAGAAGCUGAGGGAUAAUUAGCGAAGGGGUGGUGUAUAACAUGGUUGUAUACGUAGGUAGAGAUAUGAAGAGAAAGGGAACAUGUACAUAUUGGUAAACUUAGCGACAGAGCAAAACUGACAUGCUGUGAUUAUUUUUAUUUAUAUUUUUAUUAGGGCUAAGAGGUCUGAGAGAAAAUCUUAUGGACAGCAAAGUAAACUUAUAAAGGGAGUGAGGGGACAGAAAGAUAAAGGGGCAGUUAUAUUCAGAGUGUGAGUGUGAGACGUAGAAAUUGAGACACAGAAAGGUGCAGCCAGUUAGACAGCUAAGAACAAUUGAAAACUAUACAGAAGAAAUGGUGUGAGAUAUAAAAAUAAUGCUAUUACUAAAAGCACACUCACAAAGUGCAACAUUUUUUUAAAAAACCUGAUCAAGGGGCAGUUGGCAAAGACUGAGAUUACUGAGAAUCAGAGAGAAGGAGUUACCUGAGGCAGUGAUUUAAAAAUUAGACCCUUAGAAAGAAACUGACCUUCAGCUGACACAGUGAAGGCAUUCGUUAAUAGCAACAUCUGGGAGCAAAACACGUGUGAAAAGAUUUAGGGUGUGAGAAGUUUGGACAGAAAAGCAAAGAAACAGUGUCAGAGUGUAAGAGAAUCAAGACUUCUGUUAACGAUACAAAUACAGAGGGACAGAGCGAGAGAGAAACUAAUUCACGAAGGAAGUGCAAGGAUAGCCAGACCAAGAGAACAUAUUGUGACAGAUAGGUUAAGAGGAGGUGUCUGGAUCAUAGGACAGGAAGCGGAGUCUGAGAUUAAAAGACUGACGCAGAAUUGAAAUAUAGACGAACAGAAAAUAAUUAGGGACAGGGUAAGACUUAUUGAACUGAAUACUGUGAGACCAGUGGGAAGAUGAAUAAAGAGGCGUUCAGCACUGAAGUAAUCAGUCUAUUUUAGAAAUAAAACACUGGUCAGGAGUUAAUGUUGGGCUUAAAUUGGGGAUAGUUUGGCUUUUUGAAUAAUACACGAAAAGAACAGUGACCCAAGGAAGGAUAUAAGAAGAGAGAGUGGGAGAAUUGGUAAUUGUUAUAUGCAGAUUAGUCGGCAGGUUAGGGGCAGAGUGGGAGUUCUAGAGUGUGUAGAGUGCUUGCAGGAGCAGCAGGCACACUCAGCCAGCAAUUUGUGGAGAAGAUCAAGUGCAGUCACUUGAAGCUGUGACAUUUUUGGCGAGAAUAUGGCCACAGAGAGUAGUAGUCUCUCUGACCUGAACCAAGAUAAGUACGAUGGCGAUGAACACAUCAAAAUUAUCUGUCUGGGUGACAGUGCCGUUGGAAAGUCCAAGUUAAUGGAAAGGUUCCUGAUGGAUGGAUAUCGCCCUCAGCAGUUGUCCACUUAUGCGCUCACACUGUACAAGUACACCACCACUGUCAAUGACAAGACUGUUCUCGUGGAUUUCUGGGAUACAGCAGGCCAAGAACGUUUUCAGAGUAUGCACCCAUCUUAUUACCAUAAGGCACAUGCUUGUAUAAUGGUGUUUGAUGUCCAGCGGAAGAUAACUUACAAAAACCUGACUAAUUGGUACACAGAGCUGAGGGAGUCUCGGCCAGAAAUCCCCUGUGUAGUUGUUGCUAACAAAAUAGACGCUGAUCUGAAAAUCACACAGAAAAGCUUCAACUUCGCCAAGAAACAGGGGCUACCCUUUUAUUUUGUGUCAGCGGCAGAUGGUACCAAUGUUGUCAAGCUGUUUCGGGACACAAUAAAGCUAGCGGUGUCAUACAAACAGAACACCAAUGAUUUCAUGGAUGAAGUCAUGCGGGAGCUGGAGAACUUUGACUUGGAAGCAAAGGAAGAUAUUGCUGCCAAAGAUGAUGACAAAUCAAAAAAUGAGAAAACCCAAUCACCAUGAUGAUGUUUGCCAAGGAGAGGAGCCUUAAUAUUGGAGUGAAGGCUCUGAUGCACUCUGUUCUACAUUGUGGGAAGGAACUCAUCUCUGAACUUUCAUCUUCUAACAUUCACCGCAACACACUGAAUAAGGAAGCUACUUCAUAGCAUGGCUGAUUUAUAAGUGUGAUGGCAAAUUCAUUUCCUGGCCUGCGGAGGACUUUAUUCUCCCUUAUUCUCCUCACUCAAGCUGCUCAACUAUUUAAACAAAAAGAAACUGGAGCACAAACAGCAAUUGUACAGAUGUUGGGUAGGGUGGGAGUGGUGUGAGAGCAGCACAAUGUCUUGCAGCUCUGCUGUUUAUAUCCCAUGACAUGCCUGUAUCAACCCUCUUUGCCUCUGAGUAGCAAUGUGCAAGAAUUGUUCCCUAUCCCCAAGGUCUGUUGUUCUAGAGAUCUUCCACUGCACUUGAAAAUGUGUCUGUUGUGUGACCCUCUUGGCUUGACCCCUCUUCAUGGGGCUUUUUAAAAAAUAUUGUGGAGUUGCUGUCAUCAGUGCUGGGUGAGAAAGAAAUCAUGUGGUUUGGAGUCCUCUGGGCCACAGGAUGGGAUAAAAUACCUGUUGGUGUGGUACUGGCUGUUCCAAGCUACUGAUUCAGAUCACCUUUGCCAAGCCUCUGUACCAUUGGUGUAUCAUUGAACUAUGAAGGGGAGAAGAAACUGGAGUUCCUGCUCUUAAUUAUUACCCACUGUCUCCUGUUGAAAAGUCAAAGUGUGUUUGGAUUCAUGAAAAUAUAAUGUAAUGUCAGAUUAGCUUGGGCUGCCAUCCUCUGGACAGAGGUGCAGCUUGCCCGCAAGCAGUCCCUGAGCCCUUUAUGCAAGGGAAUACAGGGAGAGCAAAACUCAUAGAAUCCAUACCCAGGGAGGAGUCAGCAUCUUCAGAGGGUGGGAAAGUUCAAUGCUACGUUUAUGUUUUUACGCUUGAUGGACUUUUUAGUGCUCAUCUCUACUUAUUGUAUAUCAACUCAGUGUGGCAUUAAUUAAAAACAAUUCAAAUGCUCUCA